CUAGCUAUCUGUAUAACCGAGCAUUCUAUCCCAGUGGCUGCACAGAUCCUAUCUGGUCCACAUUUGAAGCAACCCCCUGCUUUUUGGCUGAGAUUUAUGACUGUUACCCCUAACAGACAAUUGCCCAGCGCUAAUUCAAUUCCAUAAAAACACAAAUGUUAAGGUGUCUAUUUGGGGGUGAUUGUUUUUCUUUAAGACUCCGUUCCCUAUCUUAGACACAUUUAAAAUCAAUUGGCCUCCGAGUGACCCAUGUUUGGCUCCAGCAGAAACGCAUAUUAAAAGCACGGAGCAGUGUUUCACAAGCAGAGACUGCAUUUAUGGCCCAGGCGGAUUUACUCACCUACCAGUGUUGAAGAAGGAGAACGCAGAAGAUCUGAGAUAAUAUUGAGUUGCUGGUUGGAGGAGGCACAGAUGAUGAUCCUGCUGUGACCUUGAGCCUCCUAUCUCCAGUCGGCAGCGCGUCCAGGGUACGGCAGCAUGGCCCAGCAAACCACUGUGUGGGAGCAUCUGUAUCUGCUGGAAUCUUCAGACCUGCAGCAACUGGAUCAGAUCCAUACACUUAUCAGAGACCACCUUAUCGCAGAUCGCUCCCCCAUUCUGGUCAACAACCUGGUGGAUCAUUAUGUGGAAAGUGGUUCGGAACAAGCAAUGCUGAUCCUUUCAAUGGUACAAGAACCUCACGACAAGCACCUUUUGGACAAGAUAAAUGAGUAUUUAGUUAAAGCUGCUAGCCGCUUACCAACGCUAACACUAUUAGGCCAUGUGAUCCGUCGCCAGCCAUCUUGGAAGCACAAACUCUCCCAAGCACCCGUCCUUCAGUCCUUACUCAAGUGUCUCAAGGUAGAUAAUGAUGUUGUCGUCCUCACCACGGGAGUCCUAGUUUUAAUUACUGUGCUGCCAAUGAUUCCGCAGUCUGGCAAACAGCAUCUCUACGAGUUCUUUGACAUAUUUGGACGCCUGGCAACAUGGUGCCUAAAGAACCCUGGUCGUGUAGCAGAGAUGUGUCUCGUCCAUCUUCACGCCAGCGUGUAUGCCCUGUUCCAUCGGCUUUAUGGGAUGUAUCCAUGCAAUUUUGUAUCGUUCCUGCGCUCCCAUUACAGUAUGAAGGAAAACCUGGAGACCUUUGAGGAAAUAGUCAAGCCAAUGAUGGAGCAUGUGCGGAUUCACCCAGAGCUUGUAACUGGCUCAAAAGACCAUGAACUGGACCCAAGCAGGUGGAAGAGGUUGGAAACACAUGACAUUGUUGUAGAAUGUGCCAAAAUAUCUCUGGACCCCAGUGAAGCUUCCUAUGAAGAAGGAUAUUCCCCCCUUUCCAAUCGCCUGAGGCAGAGGCAACAUGACACCACAUCCAGCCCCUAUACUGAAAUCAGAGGAAGCAAUGCCUCCACUCCUCGAACAUGUACGCAGAGUGCACCACCUCACACUGCAAGCAUUGAGCUACUGCAGGACAGCAUCUGGAGUCCGUCCACCAUUUGUGGAAUGACCACCCCGCCUAACUCGCCUGCCAAUGUGCUUGUAGAUGCAUCUCAUGCCUCCUCUCGUCCCCCUAGCAAAGUUCUGUACACGCCUGGAGGCAAAGCAACACCUCUGGGAACACCAGCAACCUCCCCACCUCCAACCAGCAACUCUGAGGAAUGUACCCCAGCCUCCGGUGCUUCACUGACACCCCAUAAGAAGAAUGAAUCCUCUGAUCCAGGAAGGCCUGCAACAAACAGGCAGCUGCUCAGCAAAGGAGAAAAAAGCACUGACGAAUCACCAAAGACACAGAAGACUGUGUAUUUAAGUGAGCUUCCGGAUAUCAUUAGUGAUUUUGCGGCUGACCACAAUAGCACUGAGGAAGAACUGAAGAAAAAUGGUCACGCUGCUAUAUGCCAGGAGCUAUCUCGGAUCACCAUGCCUGACCCCGAGCCUACUGUGCUAAGAGGAGGAUUUGAUUCCCCUUUCUCUCUUCGCUGUGACAGUCAGCCCGGCUCUCAGAAAAAGCUUGCCUCCUAUAGCUUUGGCCUCAUCCCCGAACCAUCUGCCACCGACAAGCUCCACUACAGUGUGUCCCAUGACAACUCCAAACAGGCGUUCACUCCCAUUGAACCACCCAAUGGCAAUGAAAAUGCAACUGACUCAGGGAAGCCGCCAUCUAACAACUCUUUGCCCAGCACUGCUGAUAUCUUCUCACCUCAGGUUCAAAGAAACGUAUCCUGUUUCAGCUUGGCUCCAUACGAGCAUCUCUUUGAACUGGCGUUGCCCAAAACCGCUAACCUUUUUCUCUGCAAUAAGACAGAGGAGCUGUGCAGAAGAGGCAAGGGAAGCCUUGAGGAGGGUGAAGAGGGUGCCUUCUCCAUUUCCCCAGCGGAAGUGCUUGACCGACUUAUCCAGUUGGGAGCAGAUGCCCACACCAAAGAGCUGAGCAACAGGUUGUCUUUACCCAGCAAAGCCGCUGACUGGACCCACUUUGGAGGUUCCCCACCAACAGAUGAAAUCCAUGUACUUCGCAAUCAGUUGGUUCUGCUUCACAACCAGCUUUUGUAUGAAAGGUUCAAAAGGCAGCAGCAUGCCCAACGCAACCGCCGCCUCCUGCGCAAAGUUAUCAAGGUGACUUCACUGGAGGAACAGAAUGCUGCUAUGAAAAAACAGUUAAAGCUUCAGGAGGUGGACAUGCAUUCUAUCAAACAGAGCCUCUUUCAGGAACAGACGCGGUACCGGCGGCUUCAGGAAGAGCGAGACACUGUGGUCACUCAACUGCGCAGCCAGAUCCGCCAGCUACAGCAUGACAGAGAUCUGUUCUAUAACCAAAGCCAGGAGCUGCAGACCAAGCUAGAGGAUUGCCGCACCACCAUUGCAGAUUUACGUCUGGAGGUGAAACAAGCCAAUAAUAAAGUGUGCCAUACGGAGCUCCGUCUAAGCCAGGUUUCUCAAAAGCUCUCCAACAGUGAGUCUGUACAGCAUCAGAUGGAGUUUCUGAACCGUCAGCUCCUGGUCCUGGGGGAGGUAAACGAGUUGUACGUGGAGCAGUUGCAGCAAAAGCAGACAAACAGCACAAAGGAAGUGGAGAUGUUGCAGACUUCCUUUAAAAAGGACCUGGAGAAGGCUCGAUUGAAUGUUGUGCAACUGAGUCAGAGGCUAGAGUGCACCCAGAAACGAAUAGUGGAGCUGGAAGCUCAGCUGGCCAAGAAAGAAUCCUUGUUUCAAGAACAGAAAAAAUUCUUAGAGCAUGUUAAGGGGAAGAGCAGAGGCCAGCUGCAAGCAGCCGAGAGCAGAUACCUCGCUCAGAAGAGGAUAAGCCAGGUCUUCGAAGUCAAAAUCCUCAGUCUGUACAACAGGUUGGAGAAGGAAGGGCCUCUGAAAAGUCAAAGUGAAGAGAAAGCGGAGACCGCAGAAGCCGCAGAAGAAAGGUGUGACAUUAACAUUGCAAGUGUUUACAGUCCAGAUGUUGGCAUUCUAGAAGAAGUCAAUGGUAGCGAAUAUAACUUGCCUGCCAACCGCACAAGCUCCUCCAGUAGCCAGAGCAGCAGCACCCUCUCCACCCCAGAGAAAGGCACAAACUUACAGCUCAGCCGUCGGCAGUUACUAGAGAUCCCUUCCAGCGGCCACUUGACUAUCGGCUCCUACCCCAACGCCAAAAGUUUCCUAGGCAUCCGGGCCCGCGAGCUGUUCCGCAACAAGAGCGAGAGCCACUGCGACGAGGAAAGCAUCAGCAGCCUCUCGGAGAUUCUGAAAACUGAACUCUGCCAGGAGCUUAUCCCAGAGACGAAUGCGGAGGGCUCCCCCCAAAAUCAAGAUUGUGUGAGGAAUCUUCAGAUUAUGGACUAUGACUAAGGUUCCCUUGCCCUCCGCUCCCCGCAGUCAGUGUUAAAAAGUCCUUCUGGCUCCUGGCUUUAAGGUUGUCUGGACCCUGUUAAUGAAACCAGUCUCACUACUUCUGCAGUGCAAUGGUAGCAGACUUUCCAAACUGGAAGGGAAUGUCGCAAAAGGACACUUUUUUUUUUUUUUUUUUAAAUUUACCAUCAUCUCAAUUUUUUCCCCCAUUCCCAAUUCAUUUUCUCUCUUAUGCAGGUUUUGUCAUGAGAAACUCGACACUUUGUAGACUCUGCCUCAUCAGCAGGAUAGUAUAUGCUAUUUACUCCCUCCCCAUUCCCUUAAUUCCAUAAACAUGGUAUCUUUUUUUUUUUUUUUUUUUUUUUCGAGAGCACUUUCUUGUAACAAGUAGGCCAAGAACUAUAUUUUUCUUUUUGUUUGUUUUCUUUAAUCACAACAGGCUCCCCGACACUUUUUUUUUUUUUCGACUAUUGGCUGACCAAUAGAAAGAUUCCAGCUUCAAAUCAUAUAUUAUUUUUUAGAACCCAUUAAGCACUGAAAUAUGGCAGCUCCAGCACAUGGUUCGUUCAAAAGUGACCUUACCAAUAAUAAUAGCAGGAUGCCAAAUAAUAAGGGACCAACAGCUUGUUAGGGGCUUUCCUUAUUCAAAGACUUGCACCGGUCUCAUAAUAACCCUAGGCUGUGGCUGCGCCACUGCCUGCAGAUCCUCAUGAUUUCACAACUUGAUAGUAACGAAGGGAUUUUACUUCCCCUUGAGGUUAUAUAUACGGGACAGGAAGGGGUUAAUUUCUAAUGAUGACAUUUUGCACUUUGAGAGAACCCUUUCUUAUGAAACACUAGAAGGUGUGUCCUGCGAAUGUUUAUAUGCCACGGUAUCAUGUUCACUUGUAAGACACAACAGAUUAACAAUGUCAAAAUAUCUAACUCUGCUAAAUCUGUAUAUUUUAUUAAGAAUACCAGACAUUUUUUCUUUUUGUCUGUGUAUAGUCAUAAAGUAGUUUUUUUUUUUUUUUUUUUUUUUUUUUUUUUUCUUCCUUUUUGUAGAUGGCAGACUAUGUUUUAAAGUAUUUGGAUGUAAUGAUCUACAUCCAUGUAUUACAAUCCAUGAGACCCUAGCAGCUUUAAGCCCCCUAUGGAUGAGUCGUUCCUUGAAAUAUGUAUAACAACCUAACCAAGACAAAUUUGAUAUGCAAACGUGAGCACCAACCGCCGUUAAACCCUAGACAUGCGUGUAAUCAAGCUCAUUCAUGGAAUGACAUUGGUUUAUUUAACCUGUGAAGAUUGCCAAAGAGCGCUGGAAGCUGUUGACACCGCCCAGUUCCAAUGUUGCCUUUAAAGGAAAAGUUACGUGUAAAAAUAAAAACUGGCUCAAUAGGCUGUGCAAAAUAAAAAAUAUUUCUAAUAUAGUUAGCCAAAAAUGUAAUGCAACUCUGAGUUAGUCAGACUUUAAGGG